AUGAAUUUGAAAGCUGGCAAACACGAUUCAGGCCGCACUACGGCUGCUUCACGUGUUGCUGAAGCAACGAAACAGGUAUUUGUCAAGAGAAAAUUUUCGCCUCGUUUCGAAAACUCUAGUCAAAAUGAGAAAUGCAGUAAACAAGCUAAUGAAGGUGGAAAUUUGUCUGACGACGCCUCACACAGAAAUCAAUAUCGAGAUUCUGUAGCCUCUACUCCUGCGUCAAAAUCAAAUCGUGUAAUUGUAGGUGUAACUCGAAAAUCAAAGCUAUCACAUUUUUAG